CCGUGGCUGCGUUCACCGUGGCCCUCCAAGAUACAAGAAUGCUGUGGUCCGCGCCAUCUUCCUCUUCUUCUUCGUCCUCGUCGGUAUCGUCUUUUAGGGCUUGGGAAUCCCUCUCUUUCCCCUGCUCUAAACCCCAUUCAGCAUUUCCGAAGCCCAAUAUCAUCUUCUUGAACCCUAAUCCCGAACGCUUCUCCGUCUUAUCCUCCUCUUCUCCUCAUCCUCCUUCUCCGCUCGUUGCUAGCACUACUCUUCCUUCGUCGACCGCUCCGGUAUUGAAGAAGCGGAAGAGGUACCGCAAACCCUACCCCGGGGAGAGCGAGGGCAUCGUUCAGGAGAUGAGGUUCGUCGCCAUGAGGCUUCGCAACGACGCUGGCAGCGGAGAAGAGAAAGAGGAGGAGCAGGCCGGCGGCGGUUGGGAGACAUGGCAGCCGAGGAUGGAAGGCUUCCUCAAGUAUUUGGUCGACAGCAAGCUGGUGUUCGAGACUAUCGAGCGUAUUGUGGACGAGUCCACCGAUGUCGCCCAUGUUUAUUUCAGAAAUACUGGUCUUGAGCGGGCUGCUAGGCUUUCAAAAGACUUAGAGUGGUUCAGUCAAAGAGAUAUUAUGAUUCCAAAACCAAGUAAUCCUGGGACUUCAUAUGCUACUUAUCUGAAUGAAUUGGCUGAGAAAAGUGUGCCAUCAUUUCUGUGCCAUUUCUACAACAUUUACUUUGCACACAUAACAGGUGGACAGAAGAUAGGUAAAAAGGUUUGUGACAUGCUUUUGGAAGGAAGGGAACUUGAGUUCUACAAAUGGGACAGUGAUGUUCAUGAACUGUUGAAAGGCACGAGGGAGAAUCUCAACAACCUAGGAGAACAUUGGACCCGAGAUGAAAAGAACACCUGUCUGAGGGAAGCAGCUAAGUCAUUCCGGUAUUUGGGGCAAAUUGUGCGCUUGAUCAUUUUGUAACUUCCUUUUAUAUUCUAUUUUAUGCGGCUUAAAAUUUUCCAUACUAAGCAGUGCUGCUUUGAAAGAGGGAGAUCAGUGGUCUAAUUGAUUGUCUCAUUGUAAUUUGUAAUUUAUGUUGAUAUUGGAAAAUGAAGCUGUAUAAGGUUUCUGGCAUUUCCUUUUAAAUA